CGAAAAACAAUUACUAUAUUCUUUCGAAAAUAAUAGCUUCAAAAUUUCAAGUUUUACAAAUGGUUUCAUACAAGAGCAUAAUGGAAUCGAUAUCGUCAUCCGAAGUUAUUAAUAUAAGGUAUCGUACAAUGAAUAAAAUAGGCAGUGGCUCUUCCAGAGAUGUAUAUCUCGGAUUAAACACUGAAAAUAAAGAGAAAGGUGCAGUUAGAGUUUUUACUCUCAAACACUCGCAACAUUUGAUCGAGUAUAAAGUUUAUAUCAUCUUUCAAGGAGGAUGCGGCAUCCCGAAAAUUAUGUAUUUUGGAAAAUAUAAACAUUAUAAUGCUCUGGUCAUGGAAUUACUCGAAAGAUUUAGUAUGAAAACUGUGCUGUUGUUGAUCGAUGAAUUGAUUUCCCGUCUACAGUACAUCCACUCGAAGAAUAUUAUCCACAGAGACAUCAAACCCGAGAAUAUUCUCGUGGGUUUAACUCGAUUCUGUAAUAGUGUAUUUAUCGUAGAUUUUGGAUUAUCUAAACUGUAUAGAGUCAACGAUAAGCAUGUCGAGUAUAAGGAUGGUAAAAUGUUAACAGGAACAGCUCGUUAUGCCAGCCUCAACGUUCAUUUAGGAAUUGAACAAAGUCGACGCGAUGAUAUAGAAUCUUUAGGCAAUGUCUUAAUGUAUUUUCUUCGAGGAUUUCUUCCUUGGGAGGGAUUGGUUGCUGCAACCAGAAAACAAAAACACGAAAGAAUCCCCGAAAAUAAAGCAUCUACUUCUAUCGAAACAUUAUGCAGCGGAUUUCCCGAUGAAUUUGCCAAUUAUCUGCGCCAUUGCAGAAGUCUAAAAUUCGAAGAAGCUCCCGAUUACGAAUAUCUCCGCAGCAAAUUCAGAGAUUUGUUUUAUCGCUUGAAUUUCAAGUACGACUGGAAGAUUACUAAACGAAAUAAAUUAUCACCGGAUAAUGCAGAAAAUUAUCAUAAACAGAAUUUGAUAUGAUUUAUAUUUAGUCCAUUUAUU